AGAUUAGAGCCGUCCGUCUGAGGAGGCAGCAGACCGAGCACCUGCUCUCUAAUUGAUGUCCCGGGGGACAGCACCACACACUAAUCACAGUGUCCGUCUCCAUGGCUAAUUCUGUUAGCAGCCGCAUGCCUGCCUCUUCCGCUCCUUGCCAGGCGGCCCCCACAUCCACAUGCAGUCCACUCCAGAUCCGUGUUUUCUAUUAUGCUUGAAUAUAUGGGACAUGCAUCGCGGUCCUCCGCCCGCCACCCUGCUGCAGUGUGCUUGUUUUGCAGAGCUCUGUGGCAGCCUGGCUGGAGUCAGGGCUGACCAGAGAGGGGACACAUGCUGGGUCCUUCCAGCUUCCCUCCAGUCCGAGUACGCAGCUCCUGUCUAUGUGCUGAGAAGCCUCUGCUCCUUGCAUUUGGAUGCUGCCAGCAGUGCAGCUGCCACCAAGCCUUGGGAUCACUUUAGUGGGAUCCUUCCUUCCCAUCCCCCAAAGGACAUGUGUAGAAAGAAGGUCGGGCCAGCCCCAUGGAACUGAAGCUGACCAAAAUCAAAGGGAGCUUGCAUGGACUGACCCUGUUCAAAGAGUCACAGUGUACCCUCUGCGGGGAGCCGGAAGAGGAAGAAGGCGGAGACCUGGCCCAGCCGGGCCUCAGCUUUCCAGGGCCCACGGAGGAGGACCUAGACCAGCAGUACUCAUGGUCCCCAACAAAGCACUUCAAUGAGGAAAGAUACUCCCCCGCCCCUAGGAACAUGAAAGGCUUAUCUGGAAGUCGAAACCAACCACAGCUGUGCACUGGUCACACGUGUGGCAUAACACCUGCUGAUGACUGCGAGCACCCCCAUGACCACCUGCGCCAUGGGCAGGAUGUGCGGCAGCCCUACCUGCUCAGCCCGGCCGAGAGCUGUCCCUUGGACCACCACCGCUGCUCACCCCGGAGCUCAGUGCACUCGGAGUGCAUGAUGAUGCCCAUGGUGCUGGGCGACCAUGUGUCCAGCAGUACCUUUCCCAGGAUGCACUACAGCUCCCACUAUGACAUGAGGGAUGACUGUACCAUGUCGCAUGCCAGCACAAAGGUCAACCGCAUCCCUGCCAACCUCUUGGACCAGUUUGAAAAGCAGCUGCCGCUGCACAGGGACGGCUUCCACACGCUGCAGUACCAGAGAGCCUCAGCCGCUCCUGAGCAGCGCAGUGAGAGCCCGGGCCGGAUACGGCACCUGGUGCACUCUGUGCAGAAGCUGUUCACCAAGUCACACUCGCUGGAAGGCUCUUCCAAGGGCAAUGUCAACGGGACCAAGGGGGACAGCCGGGGGGAUGACCACCACCACAGCCACCACUCCAAGCAUGGUAAGCGGAGCAAGAGCAAGGAGCGCAAGCCUGAGGGCAAGCACAGGUCUGGCAUGAGCAGCUGGUGGAGCUCAGAUGACAACCUGGACAGUGACAGCACCUACCGCACGCCCAGCAUGGCCAACCGGCACCAUAGGGACCACCUCACCCACUGCUACCCCGAGGCACUGCCCAGCCCCUUUGGGGACCUGUCCCUCAAGACCUCCAAGAGCAACAACGACGUCAAGUGCUCGGCCUGUGAGGGGCUGGCCCUGACGCCCGAUGCUAAGCAUAUGAAGCGCAGCUCCUGGUCCACACUCACAGUGAGCCAGGCCAAGGAGGCAUAUCGCAAGAGCUCCCUGAACCUGGACAAGCCGCUGGCACCCCAGGAGGGGAAGCCUGUGCUGCGGCCAUGCCACUACCUCCAGGUGCCACAGGAUGAAUGGGGUGGGUAUCCCCCUGGCGGCAAGGAGGAAGAGAUUCCCUGCCGGAGGAUGCGAAGCGGCAGCUACAUCAAAGCUAUGGGAGAUGAGGAGAGUGGGGAGUCUGACUCUAGCCCCAAGACCUCCCCGAAGAUGGCCAUCCGGCCGGAGCCCCUGCUGAAGUCCAUCGUACAGAGGCCGCUUGGAGACCACCAAACCCAGAGCUACCUGCAAGCUGUGAGUGAGGUGCCUGUCAGUCACAGCUUGGACCCCGCUGCCAACUACAACUCCCCGAAAUUCCGCUCCCGGAACCAGAGCUACAUGCGGGCCGUGAGCACCCUGAGCCAGGCCAGCUGUGUGAGCCAGAUGAGCGAGGCUGAGAUGAAUGGGCAGUUCGAGUCGGUGUGCGAGUCCGUCUUCAGCGAAGUGGAGUCUCAGGCCAUGGACGCACUGGAUCUGCCGGGAUGCUUCCGGACGAGGAGUCACAGCUAUCUUCGAGCUAUCCAGGCUGGCUACUCCCAAGACGACGAAUGUAUCCCCGCCAUGACGCCCUCCAACAUGGCCUCCACCAUCAGGUCCACUGCAGCUGUCUCCUAUGCAAACUACAAGAAGACACCCCCACCGGUGCCACCACGGACCACCUCAAAGCCCCUCAUCUCGGUGACAGCCCAGAGCAGCACAGAGUCCACCCAGGAUGCCCACCAGGACAGCCGUGCACAGAGGACAUGCCCAUGGCCGCAGGAUGGCCGCAGCCUUUACAGCUCCACGGACAGUCUGGAUAGCAACAAGGCCAUGAACCUCGCCCUGGAGACGGCUGCAGCCCAGCGCCACACAGAUGGCCAGGGCAGCCCUGUGCGGCCCAGUGACAAGACCAUCUUAACGUCUGUAGCCGAGGAGCUUCUCAAGAGCCGCUGUUCCUCCAUCGGGGUGCAGGAUUCUGAAUUCCCUGAACAUCAGCCAUACCCAAGGUCAGAUGUGGAAACGGCGACAGACUCUGACACAGAGAGCCGUGGCCUGCGGGAGUACCACUCCGUCGGGGUGCAAGUGGAAGACGAGAAGCGGCAUGGGCGUUUCAAGCGCUCCAACAGUGUCACGGCCGCAGUGCAGGCCGACCUGGAGCUGGAAGGCUUCCCAGGCCACACUACCAUGGAGGACAAGGGGCUCCAGUUCGGCUCUUCCUUCCAGCGGCACUCAGAACCCAGCACGCCAACCCAGUACGGGGCGGUGAGGACUGUGCGGACGCAGGGCCUCUUCAGUUACCGAGAGGACUAUCGGACCCAGGUGGACACCUCCAGCCUGCCUGCCCCAGAGCCCUGGCUGGAACCCGCUCUGGAGCCUGUGGAGACUGGGAGGAUGUCCCCAUGCCGCAGGGAUGGCUCAUGGUUCCUGAAGCUGCUCCACACAGAGACCAAGCGGAUGGAGGGCUGGUGCAAAGAGAUGGAGAGGGAAGCCGAAGAGAACGACCUCUCAGAAGAAAGUAAGGAAGCAGUUCUCGGGAAGAUCCGGAGCGCAGUGGGGAGUGCCCAGCUGCUCAUGUCACAGAAGUUCCAGCAGUUCUAUUGGCUCUGCCAGCAGAACAUGGACCCCAGCGCCAUGCCGAGACCAACGUCCCAAGACCUGGCCGGCUACUGGGACAUGCUGCAGCUGUCCGUCGAGGACGUCAGCAUGAAGUUUGAUGAGCUGCACCAGCUGAAGCUCAACGACUGGAGGAUCAUCGAGUCUCCGGAGAGGAAGGAGGAAAGGAAGGUCCCCCCUCCUAUACCAAAGAAGCCCCCCAAGGGGAAAUUUCCCAUCACGAGAGAAAAGUCUCUGGACCUUCCUGACCGCCAGCGCCAGGAGGCUCGCAGGCGGCUCAUGGCGGCCAAGCGAGCAGCCUCCUUCCGCCAGAACUCGGCCACCGAGCGGGCAGACAGCAUCGAGAUCUACAUCCCGGAGGCCCAGACCCGACUCUGAGGACCUGACUCGGCGACAUGUUUUGUUCUUUUUAACAAACGCUGUACAGUUUAUUGCCUACUGUCACGGUCACGUUCGUCUCAUUUCCUCCCCUGACCGUGCCCUUGCCGUCUUUGUUCCAUAAACACAGCGGGAUGCCUUCGAUCGCCUCUGCGCACCAGCCAGGACAGUUCCUUCCAUGACGGGUGACUCCAUCGCCCUGAGGGGCAGGCAUGGUGUCAGCCUGCUGCCCUCCGUGCCCUCAGAGGACCACACAGGCCUCUGGAGGUGGAGCCCACAUGACAUUUUGUGAUUUCUAUUUUUAUACAUUGUGUGAUAUCUAGAGAUAAGAAUAAUACAUAGCUGCAAAUGGAUGCAUCUCACCACUCCCGAGAGGCAUCAGACACCCCAAGUGGCAGGUGCUACCCCCCGAAGGGCAAGAAAGACAGACCCAUCCCCACUAGUCAGCGUCCCUCUCCACAAGCCCAGCUGUCCUAGUCUUCUAUGUCACCCAUAGAAAGCUCUUGGCUCCUGUGUGUCGAGUGUGUGGUUAUGGAAAGGGGUCUCCACCCCCAUACUCUCACCCGCGGUUCUCCAAACCCCAGCAGGGUCCAAGUCCAAACCCGCUCCACACACCCUGCGACGCUCAGAGACCAGUGGAAUGUUCCCCUGGGAGGGCUGCGUGGGAAGGGACAGGAGCCUCAGAAAGCUGGGCGCAUGAGAGAAAGAACUGUCCACUUCUCUGAAACAGCCAUUGUAGUUUUUAUUCCUUUGCAACCUGAGGCAUUCGCAGAGCAUUUUCUUUAUGUUUUCACCACUUAGGCUCCAUGUGGGUUUUUUUUAUGUGUGUAUAUACAUUUCAAACUGCUCUAUCAGUUGAUGUUCCAGGGUAUCCUUAAAAAAAGAGUUUGCUUGUAUAAAAUGACAGUUGUGAUGUUGUCAAAAGUACAAGAAUAUGAAUGUGAGUGGUAAGUAUAUUGCAGUUUAAAUGGUAAAGAAGAAGUGUAGUUUACACUUGUAUUUUUCCAGAAUUAUCUUGUCCUAUGCAGUAUUGCUGAAGUCAAGAAUAUAUUUCUUGCCUGUGUUAGACGUGAAGGGAAAAAAGGCCGCGCAUGGUGAUCUCCAGCCGUGGAACCUGAGCCAGGUCACGAGUCAUCCUGACUCCAGUGGCGACAGAGGGAAAGGGCAGUUCUGCUCUCAGGCUGCCUGCACCAGUGCGCUGCGCCGCCGCCGCCGUGCGGCUGCUCCGCCCCAGCUCGGCCGGCGCCUGGGCUGCAGCCAGGAGCCUGCCGCCGCCCUAACCCUGUGCCUGCAGCGCCCCUCCAGGUAGAGGCGGGUUCGCAACCGCAGAUGUCUCCACCCAAAUACCAGGUCUUCCUUCUUGCUGCUUCAAGGAGCACCUUGUGCUUAGCCAUAGGCAGAAAGCUUUCGACAACCCUGUAGCACUUUGUUUUCUCUCGUGAUUCGCACUUUAAGACGUGCCCAGCUCACUGCGGCCCUACGGCGCGGCCACGCGUGUGCACUGGCGAGGCGCCGCGUGGUGGGCAUCCAUGGGCUGUGUCCCCCCUCAUAGUCGACAUUCCACCAAGCAUGGGGUUCACUGGGGUACAGUGGGUAUUAAAGCAUGUCGAGCUUCAAAGUUUUACUUUUUUAAAGCUGAAUAGUUAAGACUUCCCUGUAAGAACAAAACCCUGUAAAUUGAGCCUCAUAUCUGGUAUAUAUUUUACCAAACAGCCUUAAAAUAUAUUUGGAAGCAAAAAUCAGUACGAAUGUAUAUCCUUGAAAAAUGCAAAAAAAAAAAUCCCCGAAAUAUUCUUCUAUAACUGAAUCCUAUUUCCCCAGAGUGUUCAAAGCAUUUUUCUAUUAAAUAAACACCUAAACCCUGAAUAGUGUACCACAAUGACGCUUCUUCCUAUACUCACUCCACUGUGUUAAAAGCACAUGUACUUGUAAGUGCUGGCAUUUUGGAUGUUUAAAGUGAUGUAGUAUUUAAGAGGGACCCCUGUGUAGCAGUGGCUACAGACAAGUGAAAUCUAUAUGCUCCUGGAUUAGGGAACUAGAAUGCGCGUGUGCAGGCCACCAGCUCACAUCCCAGCACCUCCUGGCAGCUGAUGGAUUUUAUCUUAUUCCUGGAACUUUCAUAGAAUACAUAAAAGCAAACUGAUAUGAUUUGUCUUAGAUUCCAAAUUCUAAGGUCCCAACUUGAACCAAAUAAGUUUGGGUUGAUUUUUUGUUGCCCAAUCACUUUUAUUUGACAGUCCCCUAAGUCUUGACCUCCCCCAUCCCUAGCCGAGCAGGUAAACCCUCCACCAAGUUGCAUACUGGUCCCCACUGGACAUGGAGGAUGUACCCGUUUGGUUUACCACAUUCCAAAGAAACUCCUGCCUUGGCGGAGCAGAUGCCUGCUGCUAGUGGCCAGCGUCAUUCACUUGUGUCCCUGUCCCAUGGAAUACCUCCAGCUCCCAUACAGGUGAUGUUCUGUCGUGGAACAGGAAGAUAAGCCAUGUUACCAUAUUGUUUGUGCAAAGCAUCCAAACCCUUGGCAGCCCUCUGGUGCAGCACUCCCGUGACGGCUGUGCCUGUCACUUCCAGAAGGGGUGAGAGCUCUGGCGUGGGCCCCCCACCACAUUUAACAUACAAUCUGAAUAAGACACUGUGAAUGAAUGCAAGGGCAUGGCUGGAAGUAGUGCUGCAUGGUGCCAGCAGCAUCGUGGUGAGGGUUGAUGUCCCCUGCAGCCACUCGCCAGUGUUCCUAGAGGCCCAGCCAGGGCUGGGGACGUCCUCACACCAGCAGGCUUGCUGGUGCCUCAGUUGUCUCUCAAAAACUGACAAAAUAAACAGUAUGAGGGCCAGCACCCAGCGCAGGAAGAAGGCCGUGUGGAGCAAGAUGUGUUCAGUGUAACCCAUCCAAUGUCUCCAUCUUGUUGCGUCUGAUGUAAAGUCCGUCGUCCCCAGUAACGAUUUUUACUGUGUUUUCCUCCAUGAGUUUAUAUCUCCAUCCUAGAAUGCUGUACAAAGCACUGCACUGUUGUAUACCAAAAAAUUACAUUUUUGUUUAAAAGGAAGUGUUGUCCAUGUUUUCAACUCCAAUCCUGAAGACUUACAGCAUUCAGCAGAAAGGUAUAUCAUUAUUAGGAAAAUACAAAUCACAUUCAAGGUGCCUCUUUUAAAAAAAGUAAGCCACAAAAGCAGUCACCUGCAACAUACAGGGAAUCUCUUCCUGCUGGCCUUAUGGCAGUGGCCAGAUUUACCAUCAGGAUACAGCUGCAUGCGUGUGUCGCUGUGUGCCAGAGCUCGGUGUCACCAUUUUUUAGUGUAAUAGUAAACGAAGCCUGUGUGUGCUGACUUUGUUGGAACAUGCUGCAUAUUACAUUCAUUUGUGUCUUACUUAUUUUCUCAUUGCUGAGACAAAAUACCUGACAUCCAAAGGAAGAAAGGUUUAGUUAGCUCACAGUUUGUAUAAGUUUCAGUCCAUAAUCGACUAGUUCCAACACAGGGCAGCUCAGCAGAGGGGCAAUAGUUCAAGGGGGGCAAAAAGGCAGCAAAGCUUCAAGGGACCUUAACAGUAUCUCUCUGCCUCUAUUACUUUACCCAGACUACUUAGGCCAGGUAGCAUUUACACCCUUAAUCUCAGGGCCCUUGAUCCUAGCAUUGCAGUAUGAAUCAAUUGCAGCAUCACACACUCUAGAUUCAGCCACCUCCAAAAAAGCCCCAGCCAUGACUGCAUGAGGCUUCCAGGGGAUAUCUAGAAAUAAGCCAUAACAGUUUGUGUCUAGGGACCCCUCCGCCUUAUCCCACACACAGGAAGGGUUUCUGUGCAGAGGACAGGAGGAUUAUAGAUGCAUAGUUAGAGCUCCCCAAUGUGCUCUCCAACAAGGCCAAGCCUUGGGAAGCCUGUGGGGAGCAGGGGCCUUUUGCUGCUGGCAAAAGCAAUCAGAACCAGGCCAACCUCUCUCAGCCUUCCAUGAAACUGAGGAAUUAGGACCCAGAGAGCCUUGCAGGGAGACCCAGGUCAGACUGGAGUUGCAAUCCAGCCUUGCUAGAAAUCUGAUAGGGGGCCCAGGGCAGAAUCUGCCACAGGCAUGUCCGAUGGCAGAGGCUGGAUCCUGUCUAAAGCAGCACAGCCAGUGUGGCAGAAGGGACCCCCCAGAAUCUGGAAGGACAGACAUAGGGGCCAGGAGAGGACAUGUCCAAUAGGAACCCAAUGUGACACAGAAAUAGCACCAGGGGUGAGGGGCAAGGUACCCCCUCUGUCCCUGUGCCUGGAACUGGAACCAACCAGGUCCCAGAAAUGGGCCCAGCUUAUAAACCUGUUCUUCCAUGUGUUCGUUCCCAGCCAUCUGUUCUCUAGCCUCAGACUUCUUGGUUUUCCCUGCAAAUGGAACACCCUAGUAACAUCAUCUAGGACAAGCUACCUUGGGAGCAGUGUCUCACACUUCUCUAGUUUUCAAAUCAUACUUCAUUGAAACUUUCUGAGUAUUCUCUUGUUUUAUCUGAAUAUUUAGCUCUACUUCUUAUUAGCUUUGGGUCACAUGUAGAGUUCUGAAACCUUGAAAAUCAAAUAGAAAAUGGAAGCAUAAGAGAUCAGUGGUGUCAUCAGUUACUCUUUAGUAAGUGGAGCCAGCAAAUGUACUACAUCUCGCUCACUGUGCCCUCAGACACGCUGUACGGCUCAGCAUUGACUCCUGAACUGUGGGUGUAAGGGGCCCGGCCCCCUCCAGUGGGUGCCCUUACCCCUGAGCACUGCCCCCCCCCCGCCCUGAAGGGGUGUAGCAAGUGUCCAGGCAGGAUGCGCACAUCUCCAGCAAAGCCAGGCUGAUGGAGGGUGCCAUGGCCACUUAUUCUUGGGGUCCUGCUUGGUGGAGCAGGGUGUCGAGAGCAGGAUGGGGGUCUGGAGAUGGAGAAAUGAUGGGAGGGGCCUUCUUUCCUGCUGACUUUGAUUUCAGUUUCUGGAGGCAGAAGAACAAACACAGGGAGCACCGUGGACCGGCUGCACCAGCUUGCUCACCGCCCUCUGCAUGCUCUGAGUGAGUGCCCGGGGCCUGGGGACGAAGCCACUUUCGGCCCUGCCCCAGUGAGCAGGUCCACAGCUCCACCAGCAGCCACCCCAGGCAGCAUUCAUCCCAAGUUUCAGUCUGAACUCUGUAGAUGACUUUGCAGAAGAAACAUCAGUUACCUACUGUAAAACUAUUUUCUUUCUUUCUUUUUUUUUUUUUUUAUUGGUACCAGGGAUCGAACUCACGACCGCCUGUUUGCAAGGCAGGUGCUUAUGUCGUUGAACUAAAUCCCCAGCCCCGUAAAACUACUUUUUAAGAUUUUGUAAGCACUCAAGGCGAGAUGACAGAGGGUCACUUCCCUUCUCUCUCAGAUCUUAGGGAACUCUCCAUCCUUGGUGCUUACUUAGACCCAAAGGACUCUCAGCCCGAGUCUGCAGGAGGGAGCUGAGGCGGGUGGGAACAUUUGAGACACCCCAGCUGCUCUCUGAUUUGCUCUGAUCUGCCUCAGUUUGCCACCGUGGCCCAUUCCCAGUCUUUUCCACUCGGAUCACUCCUUUGAAGGGCCCAGGUGAAUAUCUCGUUACCCUUUUCCAGCCAGUUUGCUGAGUUCAGAGUUUCCCUGACAACCUGUAAGCCCUGGGAUACUUUCCAUCCCUGAUUUCCAACAGGCAAGCCAUGUACCUCAGGUACAGGACCUUGCUGUGGGGACACAGCCGCCCCCACAUGCCCACUCCAUACCAGACACCCAAUGUGGUCCAAAUUAAACACCUCUGAAGAAACUCCCAGAAUGCUUGGACCAAGAUGCCAACUGCCCAGUCACAGUUCGAAACAAAGGCAGCCAAGUCCAGGUACAUGUGACCACAGGCGCGAACUCAUAGCAGGCUCGAGGACAGAGCACCAGGCAUUCCUAGCCCUACAGAGUCACAUUUCAGAGACGAGACCCCUUCAUGAGAUUCCCCUCUCCAUGCUCUUGUGGGCUUUUUUGAUAAAUUCUGUUCAGUGGCCUGCAGGCUUCUGAUCAGGAUGGGUGCUCUUAGUCUCAGCUGUCUCUUGUGUCUUGCUAGUAACUUUUCAUCAGAAGUUGGUUAGUGUUUUAAGGCAUUUAAGAAUUUUUUUCCAAGAUUUUUUCCACAAUUCUCAUCUGACUGUAAGAAAAAUGUGCUUUCCACUCCCCCAAACUCUUCUCUAAUAAUCUCUUUCACUUGAGUCUGUACUGCUGAUAUUCACUCCCUGUAAAUAGUUCUGCAAUUAAAUUUUUAGAAAAAGUUAA